AUGGAUGUGGAUCCCGAAAUUGUAGUAGCUCUGGUGUUCCAUUGGGUUUUCUGGUCGGUUAUGCUGCUGCUAAUUGAAUUCAGAUUCUUUCAACAUAUCAGACUAAAAGCGGCAGGCUACUGGAAGACACUCAUAUUUAAAACUUGUGGGAAGAGGCCGAAGACCAGGAGCUUGUCCCUGGGAAGAAAAACUUUCAAUAUACAAAGUCUGUUUAUUAGACGGAGGAGUGUGAAGAAAGUUCCCUCGCAGUUACUGUGGGUUGAUCCGGGCAUUUCAGAGCACCUGGCAAUGCUGCAGAGCACUUCCAAUGAUGUGGGCAUGAUCCGAAUGGUUGGGGUCGACUACGGCGACGCAGACUACACUGGACCUCCACGAUUAAAUCUGCUGAUAAAGAAGGGAGAGUGUUACUGUUUCGUGGAUACGGAGAAGUCGACAGCCUCUAGGAUCUUGAAACUACUCAGCGGGAGAAGUCUACCUUUCACCGGGAAAAUCAUCGUGAAAGGACAGCACUUUGUAGUCCACGGAAAACCGUCGUACACGCCUAUUGGCUACUGCAUGGAGAUCGACUCUGUUGUGGGAGUGUUGACCGCCCGUGAGGUUCUGAUCAUCCACGCAAAACUGCGAGGCAUCAAGGAUAAAGACUUAGACACGGUGGUGGAUUCUGUUCUCAAGACGUUCAAUCUUCUGGAUAAAGCCGACAUUCGGUCCGCGAAAUUCAGCUCAAGUGAUCAGAGGCUACUAAACAUUGCCGUGGCCGUAGUUGGAGAUCCGGAGAUCAUCCUCCUUGACGACCCAUUCGGAAAUUUAGACGUGGUGAACAAAUCCCUGGUGUGGAAAGCUCUGGAUAAGUCCGUGCUGAGUGGAUCCACUAUCAUCAUGUGCUCGGACAAAAUUCGGGAAAUUUCUGACAAAGUAACAGUCGUGGUAAUUUUACUGAACGGAGAGCCAGUGUGCAUUGGGUCGCCAGAAACGAUCAGAAACCGCUACUGUGGCAGUUAUACUUUGCUGGCAAAGUUGGACGUCUGUAACCGGAACUUGCCGAUAGAGGCCCUUAUUACUUCACUGAAGGAGCGAUUUCCGAAAUGCGUUAUAUUCUACGACCAUCAAGACUUUCUGCACAUGAGGAUUCCAUACGACGACACCACCUUGCCUGAUGUAUUCGCUCUUAUGGAAUCUGCCAAGAAACAUCUCAAGAUACACAGCUACAAGCUAGUGCAUACGAAUCUGGCUUACGUCAUUACAGCUAUGCAGCAGCGACUCAUCGAGGAGUCCACCGUAGUAAACGAAUGUGAUGAUUGCGAUGAUGAUGAUGAUUUUGAUUAG